AUGGAGAGCUCGUGCUCGGGUCAAGCUCUCGGUAGCCUGCAGCUUUGGAUUGAUUCCCUCAGAUUCUCCACCACCAGUCAGCGGACGCGUUCGGCGGAAUGUAUCCCGACCACGUCGCAGGCACGACAACAACAGUCCCUCGCCGAUCGGACCUCCGCUCAGCUACCCUCCAUCAAUAAGACAACCGCUACUGGUCAUGGCGACGAAGAGACGGUCUUGUAUCUAGGGUAUGGAUCAAACCUGAGCGCUGAGACGUUCAGAGGAAAAAGAGGUAUACGUCCGGUAUCGCAGGUCAAUGUUGUCGUACCGAGCCUAUCCUUGACCUUUGAUCUACCGGGAAUACCAUAUUCUGAACCAUGCUUUGGAAAUGUACGCCUUAGAGAGGUGACGCCACAGCGAGAUGGCGACUCUGCGGCUUCGAAGGACUACCACAAAGAUCGUUGGUCAAAAGGUCUGGUUGGUGUGGUCUACGAAGUGACCAAGUCCGACUUUGUGCACAUCAUCGCUACAGAAGGAGGGGGUGCAGGAUAUCAAGAUGUACUCGUUGAUUGCUACGCCCUCAGUGGAGAUCCAAUGGAGGAUGUUCCUUUGAUGCCAUCGGGGCAGCCUUUCAAAGCACAUACUCUCUUUGCACCCGAGAAGCUAAGCCGACGACCUGACCCUUCCUACGCACAGCCGAGUCCGCGAUACCUCAAACUGAUCACAGACGGCGCCGAAGAGCAUGGAUUGCCACUCGAAUAUCAAGCCUUCCUCCAUCAGAUUCGAACAUUCCACAUGACAACCACAAAGCAGAGGUUGGGCUCAUUCAUCUUUCUAAGCGUGUGGUCUCCCUUCUUCUUGUUCUUUGUCGGUGGAGCCGCUGCAAUAUUUCUGAGACCAGAUGGGACCUAUCCAGAGUGGUUUGCCAAGUUCUUAAAUGCCAUGUUUGCCGCAUGCUGGGCCAGUUAUGACCGCUUCUUCAAGGAUAUGUUUGGAGACGGCGAGAGGACGAUCAAGGAGAAGGAUGAAGACGAUGAUGAUGAUAUUGGAUAUAGGAGGAUCAGUUCUGUGAUGGACGAGAAAGAUCCGUUGGUUGAACGAGUUCAACAUAAAUAUGGGACAGUGACUGCUGUGGAACGAAUUGUAUGA